AAGAUGAGCCCGAAGAAGAAGAGGACUAUCAGGAACAAGAGGAACAAGAAGAGGAGCGGCCCAGACCAAAGUUGGUUGUUCCUCAGAUUUCCGUUCCCAAAAUCCCAGAUGGAGAGAGGGUUGACUUCGAUGACAUCCAUCGCAAGCGCAUGGAGAAGGACCUGCUGGAACUGCAGACACUGAUCGAGGCCCAUUUCGAACAGCGGAAGAAGGAGGAAGAGGAACUGAUCUACCUGAAGGAGAGGAUUGAACACAGAAGAGCAGAGAGAGCUGAACAACAGAGAGUCCGUGCAGAGAAAGAGCGUGACCGUCAGGCCAGACUGCUGGAGGAGAGAAAUCGAAAGGAGGAGGAAGAGGCCAAAAAACGUGCUGAUGAUGACGCCAAGAAGAAGAAAGUCCUUUCUAACAUGGGUGCACAUUUUGGUGGUUACCUUGUUAAGGCAGAGCAACGGCGAGGUGUGAAACAGACCGGGCGGGAAAUGAAGAAGAAGAUUUUGGCAGAGAGGCGCCGGCCUCUCAAUAUUGAACAUCUGAAUGAUGAGAAGAUGAGAGAGAAGGCCAAGGAGCUGUGGGAAUGGAUGUACCAGCUGGAGUCAGAGAAGUUUGAUUUGAUGGACAAACUGAAACGACAGAAGUACGAGAUCAACGUCCUGCACAAUCGUAUCAACGAGCACCAGAAAUUCAAGAAGGCAGCGGGCAAGGGCAAGGUUGGAGGUCGCUGGAAAUAAACGACAGGGCAUAUUGGAACGGCGUUCAGAGAUUAGAGGGCAUGAAGCGAACGACAAAGAGGUGCUUCCUGACUCUGCUCUUGAGAUUUGUCUAUGGCUACCUGACAGACCUGUGUGUUUCUUUUGUCUGAUAAAAUGGAAUUUCCUCAACCUUUCCCUUUCCCUUCAAAGCUUCAAUAAAUAAAUUACUAAAUUACAA